UGUUCGGAGGACUUCGUUCUUAUCGCAUCGACGUCACUGUCAUGUGACCCAUAUGCUUACCUAAUGGCUCUUCCCCCGCCGCCAAACAGUCCCUCAAGAUAUCAGCAGACGAAUCAUCCCCCUCAAUUACUGCAUAGCGACUGUUUCAUACCAUAGAAUCUACCGAUUGUCCCGGUAUUUCGCUUUUAGCGCACUAGACUGAACAAUAUGGCCCCUACUCAGAUCUGCGUGAUCGGCUCCCUAAACAUCGACUUCGUUACCUAUACCCCGCGUUGCCCCGAUGCCGGCGAAACACUGACGGCUUCCUCCCUCGCCAUUAGUGCCGGAGGAAAGGGCGCCAACCAGGCGGUCGCAUGCGGUCGAGCUUCCUUCGCUUCCAAAGACACCCAGGAUGCGUCCGUCUCCAUGAUCGGAGCAGUUGGGGCGGACGAUCCUUACUACUCGGCCCUUCUGCGACCAACAUUGGAGGGCUCUGGUGUCAGCACCAAGGGGAUCCAGGAGUUGAAAGACAGCCAGACGGGCUCGGCCACCAUCAUCGUGGACGAAGGGGCAGGAGGAGAGAAUCGGAUUCUAUUCGUCCCCGGUGCCAACUACUCUGGCAUGGACAAUGUCGAGGCUGUACUCGCCACCACCCAGGAUAUUCACCUAGAGCAAGGCGUUGUUGUGAUGCAGGGCGAGAUCCCAAGGUCCACCACAUUGGGGCUGAUGAAGCACUUCAAUGACCCGGCUUGCCGCUCUCACCUGAUCUUCAACCCCGCCCCGGUGUUCACGGAAGGAAUCCCGCUUCCUGCACUUGCAGGUACAAGUGUGCUGGCAAUGAACGAAACCGAGGCCGUGCUCAUGACGCAGACGGUCAAGGAGUUUCUGACUCUUCCACAACAGACCCAGGACCUGAAACCCGAGGAACUUGCUCCCCUCUUCCACCAACACGCGCAAGUUCAGAUUGUUCUGAUCACACUGGGAGCCAAGGGUGCCUAUUAUUCUACCAUCACCGGCAAACAGGGCUUCGUUCCCAGCGCAGCAGUGGAGAAGGUGGUGGACACUACCGCCGCUGGAGACACUUUUGUCGGUUACUUUGCCACUGCCUUUGCUAAAUUCGUCGCCACCGGUGCUCCAUUGGCAGACUUCGAUGCGCAGAUCGAUACUGCAGUUCAGAAGGCCAAUGUUGCUGCUGCAGGGUGUGUACAGAAGAAGGGUGCCAUGCAGAGCAUUCCAUUCGCCUAUGAGAUCUAAGUCGAAACUUAAGAUGGCUCCACGGCUGCUCGUGCCGCAUAAUAAUAUUGUCCGAGAAUAUGAUGAUCACCAGCAUCCUCGAGAGAUUCUCCCGCCAGAGAUGGUAGUGUCAGCUUCGGAGCUUAUCAUCAAAUCCAGACGUCAAUGCCAUCAUUCGCACCAAUGUCCGGCUGAAAAACAUCAUCGUAGCGUUCUCUGCCAUAAUCCGGCA